GGAAGAAGAUUCUGAUAGCCUUACCGACCAAUGUACUGAGUUGUUUUAACACCACCGCCAGCACCAAUUAUGAGAACUCAGCUUAAUAGUGUCAAGGUACACCGUACGCGUCACUCCGUUCCACGCAGCUAUACUAAUCUAUUUCUAGUUGCUCCGCCCUGAGCUCCGGCGGGUGUUCGGUUGCCGUUUCAAUGAGGGAGUCAACGUUAGUGGUAACGGUGGUGAUGGUGAUGGUAGAGUGCUUCGACGUGGGCUUGAAUACCCUGAGCAAGGCGGCCAUGGCCAGAGGCAUGAGUGACUUUGUCUUCGUUGUCUACUCUAACGCUUUUGCGCUCCUAAUUCUUCUUCCUUCUUCCUUUUUUUUUUACAGCAGAAAGAGGAUUCCAACUCCAACCUUCUCCAUCAUCUGCAAAAUCUUCCUUCUUAGCAUGAUUGGGUCUAUUGUCCAGCUGUGUAUGUAUACUGGUAUAGGAUAUAGCUCACCCACCUUAGCCUCAGCGCUGUCUGAUCUGACCCCAGCCUUCGCGUUCUUACUUGCUAUUAUUUGCAGAAUGGAAAAAAUAGACUUGAGAAUGCAAAGCAGUCUAGCCAAGUCUAUUGGCACCAUUGUAUCAAUAGGAGGAGCAUUAACUGUGACUCUAUACAAAGGUCCAUCUAUCAUAUUUACUUCCUCAGCAAAUAAUUUACCUAAUGAACUUCAUCUAUCGAUACGUUCGAACUGGGUCAUUGGAGGGAUUCUGCUUGCAACUGGUUCAUUUCUCCUAGCAUUGUUGUUCAUUCUCCAGACCUCUAUUAUUAGGGAAUACCCUGAAGUGCUGAUGGUAACUGUCAUCGCUUGCCUCUUUACAACUAUCCAAUCUGCUGCAAUUGGUCUAAUUGCAGAAAGAGACAUGGGUGCUUGGACACUAAAACCAGACAUGGAGUUAAUAGCUAUUGGAUACUCGGCAGUUUUUGCAGUAUCUGCGCGGAAUAUUGUUUAUACAUGGGCAUGUCGUGUUAAGGGGCCUGUAUAUGUUUGCAUGUUUAAGCCUCUUGGAAUUGUCAUUGCUUUCCUCAUGGGUGUUACUUUUCUUGGUGAUACCCUUUAUCUUGGAAGUGUGGUUGGAGGAAUCAUCAUCACAUUUGGGUUUUAUGCGGUAAUUUGGGGGAAGGCGAAAGAAGAGAAGACAACUGAGGACAAGAGCAGGUGUAACCUCAAUUCGUCCCCUUCCAAAGUUCCUCUUUUGCAGAACAAUAAUACAGAAGUAUAGCAUAUUAGUAGAAGGAAAAAAUAUUGUGCAGGUUGUCUUUCGAAAUUUCUUUUGGAAGAUUUGUCUAUAAACUUAUUUUUUAAUUAAUAUUUUUAAAAAUUAGUUGUUGGAAUGAAAGUUUUAUUUAUAU